CCUCCCUAUAAAAUGGCACUCAUACACUCCUUCCGUGCAUACAACACUUCACUCUAUCAACUAGCUAGAGGAAAGGGCAAAAAGGGAAAAAGAAAGACUUUGGAAAUGAGCACCAAAACCUUUCAAGGCUCUAAGAAAUAUGAAUUGGACUGUCAAUUCCUCCACAGUUACCUUUCAGACAACGUCGUGAACAAGCAAAAGCUUGCAGAGAUCCUUAUGAGCAGAAAUUUGAACGAGUUCAAGCUCAUUUGUCAAGCAUAUACCGUGCUAUACAAUCAAGAUCUUCUUCGAGUUCUCAAAAAAACUCAAAAGAACAACCUGUAUUCUAGGGCAGUUUAUCUUCGAAUGAGUGAACCACAAGAGCGCGACGCAGAGACAAUGAGAAAUUCACUCUAUGGAGGAAAUGUGAACCUUAACACCCUCAUAGAAGUUGCAUGCACAAGAUCAUCAAUAGAGCUGCAAUCCAUUAAGCAAACUUAUAGCUCCCAAUACAACUCUAACAUUGACCAGGAUGUUGCGUUCAAAGUUAAUGGUGGAUUCAAAGAGAUUCUGCUGGCAAUUUUGAAGUCAUGUCGCAACUAUGGUGGCAAAGUUGAUACAAGCAUGGCAAUGUGUGACGCCAAGACACUCUAUGAAGCAAUGGAGAGUGGGAAAAUUGUUGACCAGAAGACCAUGAUUUCACUUGUAAGUCAGAGAAACACUGGCCAAAUUAAAGCCAUUUUGGUGUCCUACAAACAACUCUAUGGCCAUGAAUUCUCCAAGUCGCUUAAGCGAAGCAAAUGUGGGCAAUUUGGGAAGGAACUUCGGAUUGUGAUCCGAUGCAUACAACAUCCGGAAAAAUUCUUGGCGAAGCAACUAAGGUUGAAGAAUGGUGAUGCUAGAGAGAUCUUAACCCGAAUUAUAAUUACGCGAUCAAAUGUAGACAUCAAGGAGAUAAGCAGGAGUUAUGCAGCCAAAACAGGGAGCUCUCUGGAGAAUUUUGUGAGGAAAGAGUUCAACAAUAGCAAGGAUAAAGCCAGUGGCAUUGUGGCUGACUUCUUGGUUGGACUGAUCAAAGGUUGAAUUCUCACAUGUAUUGUUAUUUUAAUCAUCCUUGUGAUAUGAAAAAUAAAGGUUCAUGUUUGUGUAUUUGUUCAGCUUUAGGCUUGUAUUAGUUUUUAUAUAGUUUGCUUACCCUGUAUUGCAAAUGAGAGAUUUAAAAGAUUGUAAUAGGUUAUUCUUUUCUAAUAUUGUGAUUGUAAAAUGAUGCCUCUGGUUUGUUGGUGUGAAUGGAUAGUGGGAGGAAAACAGUUUUCAUAGGUGGAGGAAAUGAAAGAUGAAGAGGAAAAGGAAAAGAUGGGAGGGAAAGUAAGGAGAUGCCAUGUCUUUUUACAUUUUUACCCUUCAGACAACACUUUUCUUUCAUAUGCUGGAAGCUGA